GUCGAGCGCCCGCCAACCUGAGACGUUCUUUGCUCGGCCUGCCCCGAGCUUUCUCGCACCCCCGCACUCUCGCUUUGUCAGACGCGUGGAGCGCGCAUUUUGCAGCAACCAUGUUCGCGCCGAUGCCUCCGCUCCCGCCCCCCGCCGCGGCCGCGGGUGUCGCGGGGCCCGACGCCGAGGGCCGACGGAUCCGCCAGAAGACUGGCGAGCCCCCCGCCGCCGUGGAGCUAGACGACGAGGAGCUGACGGACGCCGAGGCGGCCCCUGUGGGUGGCCACGCCAAGCUGCCGCCACCCCCGCAGGAUCCGUCGCAGAUGGCAUUGGCCCAGUAUAUCAUCAGUGCGGUGACCACGAGCAUGAGUGUGAAGGUGGACGCCGUCGAGGCCCAGGUCGCUGCCCUGCAGACCACGGUAAACUCCAGCUCGGCCUCCAUCUCGUCCAUCCAGGCUGAGCAGCGGGCCCAGCGCGCUAGGCUCGACGCCCUGGAGGCAGCCUCGCGCGCCCCGUCGUCAAACGCCAGUACAGCAGCUGGCCGCGGAGCUCCUCUGCGACCUGGACUGGGCUCGGGGCAGGCGUGCCAGGCGGACCCGUGGAGCGACUUCUUGCGCAGAGGCCCAGGUGACCAGAAUCAGUUCGUCGCUCCCCAGGUUCAGCGCGGAGGAAGGAGUACGAAACAUGUGGUUUUCGUGGCGGGAUUUCCUGGCACGUGGGACAAGGACGAGGUCGAGACCCACCUUCGUGCGAAGUUGAGCGGGAGGGCCUCUCUCGAGUCGCAGGGCAUCACAGAGAUUUACGGUGCAGGGCGAUUCUGUGAUCAGGCGAAGGUGGUUUUCGGAAGCAAUCGGCAGAUGUGGAAUUUCACGAAGGCCUGGAAGGGUCGCAAGAUACCAUGCCAGGGGGCCAAGAAUGACCAGCUGUGGCACAAAGUUGACCAGGAGCCCCACGAGGUGGAGUUGUCGUGGCGAGUCUCCUACGCCGUGAGGCCGAUCAGGAUCCUGCAGCGCUUGCGCACCACGGAUCUGAUGGAGAUCUGCACCGAGCCGCUGGCCAAGGCGCUGCUAGACCAGGAGCUCGCCGAGUUCAAGCUCUCCGAGCGGCUCGGGGAGAUCAAUGGACAGAUCGACUUCAUGUUGUGCCAUCGCGACUGGCUCACUUCAGUGACGUGCCAGGCCCGCUUCACGGACGCAGAGCAGAGCGACCAUCUUCCCAUGCUGCUGCGCUGCCAUGCGUCCAAGGCUAUCCCGACGAUCGCCGAGCACGAGCAAGCCAUCGAGGACGCUGACCUGAUGGAGAGACCGCCACGCAAGCCCGUCGCCUGGCAGCUGGAGGACGCCCAUCUAUUCAAUGAGACGGUCUGCUCGACGCUGCAGGUGCCGUACUUCCCGACCGCGACGGACGGCCUCACCGAGGGCGACCUCGCGAACGCGCUGGGCAUCUUCACGGACGGCUCGGCGCGGGGGCGAAGAUAUGGGAAGCGCCGGGCUUCUUGUGCAGGAUGGGGCUUUGCCGUCUACCGCGCCACCUCGCCGCGCGACCAGGGCGAGCCAAUGGUCGAGGCGUGUGGCCCUGUGGUCACCACUUCUCAGGACCCCCGCUACUUGGGCGCGUGCUCCCUCGCAGCGAACACGGGAGAGCUCUCGGCGAUCGUGGGGGCGCUCCUAUGGCUGCUGGGACAGCGGGGUUCCUCGGAGCCAACGGCCCAGGACGGUGGGCUCAUCCAGGUGGUUACCGGCUCGACGUACGUACAGGGGUUCAUCGCCGAAGUAUUCCAACCGCGUGAGAACGCUCCUCUGGCGAUCCUGGCCGUGCACUUGUGGAAGAGGGCUGCCGCAUAUUUUGACUUGCACAUAUGCUGGGUCAAGGGGCGCAGCGGCAACAUUGGCAAUGAGAAGGCGGACUUUUGGGCGAAGCGAGGGCUGGCCGCGUGCUCCAGACAGGGCGCCCCCUCCAUCUCCGCGCUGACGGCGGCGAUCUCCGCUGGCGCAGCUGUGGCCGGCCGCGCCCCUUGUCGGGGGCGCUGGAGACCCCCGCAGGGCGACCCCGAGCUCCUCCACCUGAAGCGCCUGGAGCAGCUGCGCGCACAGGAGUCGGACCUCCGCGUGCGGCACUUGCUGGGGCUCACGGGGGCCAAGGCCAAGCGCGCCCUGAGGGGCCGCUGCAACGCCGUCCACCUGGAGCGACUGUGCGCGAGGGGGCGGGCCGACAUACCCUACCGCUCGGGCAAGCCCGUGUGCGAGCUGGAGACGGACGACGGCUUGAGCGCCAGUGCCGUGCAGGCCCGCUGCGAGCUGACCCGCGCCUUCUACGCCAACCUGUUCGCCGACCCGACCAGCGACCAGGCCCUGCCCGCCUGGGUGCGUAGCCAGUGGACCGCCGAGCACCAGCAGGCUGAGGCCCCUCUCUCCCUUCCUCUUCUCAAAACAGUCUUGGGGCAAAUGAAGAGUAGCAAAUCGCGUGCCGAGUCUGACAUGAUCGUGGCUGAGAUGAUCCAGGGACUCCAUGACGACGCCCUCGAACAGAUCCUCGCGGCCUUUCGCCUGAGACUCUGCAACCGCGUGAGUGAGUAUUUCGACCAGGCCUGGACUGGGCACGUCGCUCAGCUGAUCCGCAAGGAACCCGAGGCCCAGAAGGUGGCCGAGUUCAGACCCAUUGCCCUGGUCUCGGUGUCGCUGAAAAUCCUGUCGACGAUGGCCUUGGAG